AUACAAUAUGAUCCUCCUUGAAUCCCACAGUGUCAUCAUUCAAAAUACCCUGACAGAGAAGUUCACAAAACCAAGCUCCUUGGAUGUUCAGUUCGUCGACUAUGAUGGCGUCAGAUUCCGCCUGUCUACUCCGGAGCGCAAGACUUCUCUUCUACUGUCUAUGAACAUCCGCUGCUGGGAUGAGCUUGUCAAGUUCGGUGCAAUGGAAGUGCUCCAGCGUGAAUAUGGGUCCUUGGUGCAGGCGCAGGCUGAGCCAGACUACAACGUCAGUCUAGAAAUUGAUUUGGAGAAGGCUCCACCUGAAGGCGAGGAGCGCGUCAAUUUCAUCCAGUCUAUCUCGCUCUUGAAACGCAAUGCGUUGGCUGCGCCGUUUGAGCUCGCAUUCAAUACGCAGAAGCAAUUGGAGUCAUCAGGAUCAGGGCAGGGCGAACUGUUGCAGAUUCACUAUCGCGAUGAGGAGGCGAUCUAUAUUCAAGCCGCUCCCGAUCGUGUCACCGUUAUCUUCUCAACUGUUUUCCGAGAAGAGACAGACCGCAUCUUCGGCAAAGUGUUCCUUCAGGAAUUCGUCGAUGCAAGACGUCUACCUACAAUCCAGAACGCCCCUCAAGUAUUCUACACCAAUCGCGAACCUCCUCUUGAAAUUCGAAACCUUGCGGGCCUCCGAGACUCAGAUGAUAUUGGCUAUGUUACAUUCAUCCUCUUCCCUCGUCACUUCAACAACCCCACUGUCGCGUCAUCGACCAUCUCCCACAUCCAACUCUUUCGUGACUACCUUCACUACCACAUCAAAUGCUCUAAAGCGUACAUGCACUCACGCAUGCGGCAUCGCGUUGCCGAAUUCCAGAAGGUAUUGAACAGAGCGAAGACAGAAGUAGCGACCAUAGACAGGAAAACUGCCAGUGGGAGAACGAUGAUGUCCCGUUGAAUACUGUGUCAUCUCGGAUUAAUCAAUAUGUAUCAAC